AUGUCUCAAUUCGGCGCAGGGAAACCAGGAGGUUGGACUCGUCCGGGUACCGGAGUUGCUGGAAAUCAAAUGGCAGGAUUUGGAAUGGGCGUUGGAGCUUUUCCCAUGAUGGGUGUGCAAGGCAUGGGUGUCCCUAUGGGGAUGGUCAAUCAAGCCGCAUUCGCUCAGCAAAAUGUUAUGGGUAUGGGAGUGAUGGGUGCAGUUCCAUCAUCGGCAUCAGUACGAGCUCCAGCUGCACAGGCGCCGAAUCCAGCAGUAACUGGCAAGAAUCAACGCACAUUUGUUGGCGUAGUCACGAAAAUGCAUGACAAUUACGGUUUUGUCGAUGACGAUGUUUUCUUCCAGCAUUCCGUGAUUCGUGGCACGUUGCCACGUGUUGGUGAAAAAGUGAUGGUAGAAGCCAGCUACAAUCCGCAAAUGCCGUUCAAGUGGAAUGCUUAUCGCAUCCAGCUACUUAAUUCAGGAGACAGUGGUCCACCAGCAGCACAAAACCACAACCAUCCUCCAGCACGAUCCGCCGGAACUGGUGCAUCUGGAGGGGGGAGGUGGGGUCCACCCACAUCUUCGGAUCGUAACGGUCCCUCUCACCGAGGAUCUCCGCCACGCCGUCGUUCGCCACCUCGCCGCAGUCCUCCUCGUAGGUCUAGUCCGCCGCGUAAAGAGAUCCCUCGUAGAAAGUCGCCACCCCCUCGACGUUCACCUCCCCGUCGCUCUUCUCCUCCUCGAUCUGAACGGAACGAUCGCGAUCGUAAGCGUGAACGAAGCGCCAACCCACCUAGCUCCGCUCAGUCAACUAGACGUGAUAGCGCUAGUCCGCCUCGUCGUCGAGCAAGGAUUAUUCCUCGAUAUGAGUGUCAUCCAGCUCGACCAGUUCUUCUGAAUGAGCAGGUCUCAGUGGUGGGACUACGUAGCCGAUAUCUGAAACUCUAUAUUCCCUCUGAUUUCGCGGACAUGACCGCGGAAUGGGUGAGGCGAGUGCCGCUUGAUACCACUAUUGACUUAACGAAUCCGGUAGCAUUCCAUGUAUUUAACAAGGAAGUUGAUUAUCCGCUACAGGAUGGUGAAACUGUACCUGUUCUCGAACCUGAAGAUGCAGACCAUCGCCACCAAGUUAAGGUUCUUCUGCUUGCUCAUCCUGGAAAGCAGGAAGUACACAAAAAGGCAUUUGGUCUACUUCCGGAUGGUUCUACGGACGAUUCACACGAACCAACAUCGUUCUUUAAACAACUAAGUUUCCUUGUUGGAACUCGCGGCAAAGAACCGCUAGCCAUAGGUGGCAGCUGGUCACCCUCUUGCGAUGGUGUUGAUCCUGCUAACCCGGCAACCAUUAUCCGCACAGCAAUACGCACCACCAAAUCACUUACUGGAGUUGAUCUCUCGGGCUGUCCUCAAUGGUACGAGCUGGUGCACGUGCGCUAUUACCGCGCGGAUCGUGAACGCACGGAUAGCGUGCGUCUUCUCUUCCCGGACACGCAACUACUUCUGGCUGCCGACGACGUGUCGGCUGAGGAACGGUGGACUCAUGUGCAGACGGCGCUACGCGCGCAACUCGACUGCAAGCUGGCCGCCGUUGAUGCGCCAUCAGAAGCCACGGAUCAACCACAGGCGGACGACAACUCCGCUAAGGACAAGGAAAUGCGACAGGAGGAUACAACAACUGCGACACCAACAAAAGAAGCGGCAUCUACCACUGGAGAAACUCCUGUAAAAGAAGGCGAGGAAAGUGAAGAAGUAGAAGCCAAAGAGGUUCCAACACAUUGGAGCAAAUUAGACCCAAAGAUGCUGAAGGUACCGGAGCUGCGAGCUGAAUUGGAAGCUAGAGGACUGGAAACUAAAGGAGUUAAAUCACUGUUAUGCAAAAGGCUGCAAGAAGCCCUCGAGCAAGAGAAGGAAAAGGAGGAGGGCGAAGGUGCUGCUCCUACUGGUGAUAUAGAAAUGACCGACGUGGCUGGCGAUGAGGAGGAGACUGAGAAGAAAGAAGAGGAAGUGUCAGCAGAGAAUAAGGAGAAAGCCGAAGCGGAGCAGAAGAAACUUGCAGAGGAGCAAAAAAAGAAGGCUGAAAAGUUGGAGAAAGAGAAACAAGAAAGGAAGGCUGCUCUAGAAAAAUAUUAUGCAAUGCCGAAGGAGCGCAAGGUCCUGGUUUACCCGUCAAAGACAGCAAAAGGAGGAAAAUUCGAUUGUAGGGUUAUGGGCAUGCAGUCCCUUCUCGAUUACAGGCAAGACGAUAACAAGGAAUCGCACUUCGAGGUGUCCCUGUUCGUGGAAGCAUUCAAGGAGCUAAUGGAGCGUCACGCGGCUUUCACUAUUUACAGCGCUAUCGCAAGAGCUGCAGAUAAAGAAAGCGAGCGGAAAAGGCGAGAUGAAGCUAAAGAAAAGAAAGAUGACGAGUCGGAAGAGGAAAAGAAAGAAGGUGAGGAAAAGGACGAUAAAAAGGAGGAGAGAGAAAAAAAAGAAGAGAAGAAAGAGAAGCUGGACUUGAAAUCCAUGGUUUCAAAUCGCCCCCUUUUUGAGGCGUUUGCCAUAUUUGAUGUGAAUUUGUGCGGAUAUUUGAGUGAGCGCGAUCUUGAAGACAUAAUCUUCAACAGCGAAUUAGGUGUCACCAGAGCCCAGAUGCAAAAACUGACGCACAAACUAGUAUCGAGAGAAAGGAUUAAUUAUAGACAUUUGACGGAUGUGCUUGUGGAUUCUGACGGUAACGUUAGGUUUACACCCGGCGAAUGUGAGAACCCGCCUGACAUUUCAUCACUUCUCAGAGGCUUCGGUCUCCAAGCAUACAGAAAUUCACUGCAGCCACAAACGAACGGCGAUGUAGAUAUGGCGUCUUCCUCUGAUGGUACUGUGAUAAUCAAUGGAAAUGUCAUUAACGUUGCACAGAAGCUAACUCUGUUGAAAAAGAGUGAGGUAGAGCGUGACCAUGCCAAGGCUAUGGUUGCUGAGCAGACUGCACUGAUAGACCAGCUUCGAGGUAAUAAACAUGAUCUCGAAAAGAAAAAUAGAGACUUGGAAAAGGAGGUGGACAAGUGCAAGAAACGGUUGGAUGAGAGUAGUUCUGCACUCAAGUCAUCGUUGGAUUCGAACAUAUCCCUUAAGUCUGCUCUUUCGGAUUGCAAGCGAUAUGCCGAUCGCAUUACCUCCGCAGUAGAACGAGCAUGUCCACCACCUCCUCCAGUAAAACGUGCUGAGGAGCAAGUCAAGGUUGAAGAGCAUGCUACUGAUGGAGUAGAUGAAUCAGAUGAGCCGAUUCCAGCUGAAAUUGUUUUAACCGAGGAAGUUGGAGCCGAAGAAGAAACAGAGGAAAAGACAGCAGAAAAUUGCAGGAAUUGGAUCAUGGAUGAGGUCAGCAGAGUUUUAUUUGCUUUGCUGGGAAACGCUGCUGCUAACGAGAAAGUGAACAAUUCUACCGUUGGAAAAUUAGAAGCUGCUACAAGUGCCAAUGACAAAGAAACCGUCCCAACCGGAGAGUCGUCAGCUGCUUCCUCGGGAGUCGCGGGUAUGUUGCGCUGUGGUGAAUGCAUUGGUUGCUUUCAAACUGAUGACUGUGGAAAAUGUGUUGGAUGCCUUGCUGGACAACUUUGCUUCAGGCGCAAAUGUGUUCAAGAACCAAUAUUGAUCCAAAAACAUAAUCGAGCUCUUGCCCAAAAGACUGCGCUCCGAAAAGAAACCAACGAGGUUCAAAGAAAGGAUAUGAAGCAGGAAGCAGCCAGUUCGGUAGCAAAACGAGGACCUGGUCGACCGCGGAAAGAUGGGCAUCAAUCAAAUGUACGCAGUGGCGGAAAUUCGCAUGGUAACGAAGGAGAAAAUAUGGAUGAACGACAGCCAACACGUCGUACUACAACGCGAGCUCAGCCAACUAGAAGGAAACACGAAACACUUAAAAAGGUAGAAUCACGCCAAUGCAUCGAACCCGAUUGUGUGAAACCGGCUCGGGAUAACAGCAAGUACUGCAGCGAUGAAUGUGGCAUAAAGUUGGCUAAGCUGCGUCUAUUAGCAUUACUACCGGAGAAAGUGGAACAGUAUUAUAGGGAACAACCGCAAUCGGAGCUGCAAACUCUUGAAGAAUUACGAGCCAUCGAUCAAAAGAUCGGACAAAUUCAAGUGCAAACUGAAACGAUGUUAGGAUAUGUCAGAAUCAUUCAGAGAUAUGUGAUGGCAAUGAAAUCGACCACAUCGGUAAACUAUGACGAACCCGGAGAUGUUGAUUUUAUGGUGAACUGUACUGUAUGUGGUAUGGAAACGAAUGGUCGUCAACUUCCGAAGCAUGUUGAACGGUGUUUUGUGCGCUCGGAAAAGCAGACUUCGUUUGGAACGCCUACACCCGCGGCAUUCAAUCCAGACAAUCUGUUUUGUGAAGCUUAUAAUAAAGCCAAUAAUACAUACUGUAAGCGAGUAAGGGUGAUAUGUGCCGAGCACUAUAAAGGAGAGCUAGAAAACGAACUGCAGAUAUGUGCAUAUCCAAAAGCAUGGGCAGAAGGAAAAUCUAUGACUUUCGCGGAAAUGUUCGAGCAUGGACCUGAUUUGCUGAAAGACCAAGGUUUUUGUUGUGCUCCGCGGAAGGAGUGCGCGCAGCAUCAUCGAUGGGUGCAGGCUCUUGUCGGAACUAUCGAAUGCGAAAGAAUGAAUCUUCUAACACGUCUGGACGAACUUUUGGAGCGAAGAAAGAUAGUAUCUUUGGGGUGUGCAACUCGUGGUGAUGUGAUCUCCCUUCUGAAUUUCAAACCGCCUGCCAUUGUUGUGAAAAAUAAGUGA